ACCCGGUGUUGAAUCAACAUUAUGGACUUAAAAAUUCUAAUUUAUUUUACAGUUUUAUCUCUUUCUAACGUUUUUGCAAUGAAUAAAAGCGAUGGUAUUGAUUAUCUUCAUUAUUUUGGUUACAUGAAUGAGAAGGAUGAAUCAAAUUUUGAUGAGUGUUUGAAAAAAUUUCAAAAAUUUGCUUCAAUCAAAACCACAGGUUUAUUAGAUGAUGAAACGGUUAAAAUGAUGGAUAUGUAUAGAUGUGGGUGUAGCGAUAAAUCAAAAAUGAGGGUUAAAAGGUUCAGUAUUCAAGGAAGUAAAUGGAGAAUAACCGACAUAAAAUAUAAAAUAAAUUACCCCGAAGAUUUACAACAUUUAAUUCAUUCGUCUGUUUAUCGCGCUUUUAAUGAAUGGGCAAAACAUAUUGAUUUAAGUUUCUCGGAAGUAGAACAAAGUAGGGAUGCUUUAUUACAUAUUUCUUUUCGUCCUAUGGAUAAAGAAAAAAUUUUUGGAAUGGCACAAUACCCUAUUUUUGGUGGAAAUAUUAAUUUUAAUGAAAAUUUGGAUUGGUCCAAUAAAUCUAUCGCUGAUUUAUAUCAAAUAGCUCUCCACGAAAUUGGACAUACGUUGGGUUUGGGUCAUUCAAUGGAUAAAAACAGCAUUAUGUAUCCGUUUUAUAAUCCAACAGAGAGUAAAUGUUUAGUGAAUGAUGAUAUUGAAGGUAUUAAAACUUUAUACGUUGUAAAUUAAAUGAUUUAAUAAAUUCUUAUUAAGAUUUUAACUAACAAUAAA